AUGCUCGAGUGCCUUAAGGCAAUAUGAAAGUCAAGCGGUGUCUAGACGUGAGGCUAAUAGCCUUGUGUACCACGUGCUUCUUACUCCCCGCCAUCGCCUGCCCCACCCAGUGCAUAUGCAAAUGGAAGAACGGCAAACGGUACGUCGAAUGCACCGACAAAGACCUAAAAGCAAUCCCCAACUCGUUAGACUCCGAAACUCAAGUCCUAGAUUUCACCGGCAAUGAUUUGCAAGUUUUACAAAAGGAAACGUUCCACAAACUCGGGCUGUUGGACUUACAGAAAAUUUAUCUGCAGAGAUGUCGGCUACAGAAAAUCGAUAACCAUGCCUUCAGGGGACUCGCGAACCUAGUGGAGUUGGAUCUCUCCAAUAAUUAUAUCACUGUCGUCCCGUCGAACAACUUCGUGUUCUUUCCGUCUCUUAUGAGGCUGUCGCUCAGCAACAACCCUAUCACGAGUAUCAAGAUGCAUUGCUUCCAGCAUCUCGCCUAUCUCAAUACGCUAGAACUGAGCAAUUGCAAAAUUGAGAAUGUCGAACCGGAAGCUUUCUCUGGCCUGAAGCAUUUGGAAUGGCUCCGGCUGAACGGCAAUAGAUUAUCGAACAUUCACGGCGAUAACUUAUUCCCCGACACGCUGCGGGGCAUCGAUCUUCAAAACAAUAAUUGGAAUUGCGAUUGUAAUUUGAGAGAUUUACAUAACUGGCUAUCGAAUUUCAAUAUGCCGCACGCGGUCGAGCCCAUCUGCUCGCUACCUGAGCGUUUGAAAAAACGCACCAUCACAAGCGUAAAUGAAUUAGAUUUAGCUUGCCUGCCAAAACUGACCCCUACAACUGUAUAUUUAGAAACGAAUGUAGGGAACAACGUGAGCCUCGAAUGUAUCGUGAAGGCCGUGCCGGAGGCCAAGUUACAGUGGUUCUAUCAAGGACAACUUAUUCGGAAUUAUUCAACGUCCGCUGCGGAGCCUCAUCAUGUAUUUUACGUCGAAAGCGGUGUUAUAGACAAGAAGAGCGAGUUAUAUAUUUAUAAUAUCGGGAACGAUGAUAACGGUACAUAUGCCUGUAUCGCGGAGAACUCCGCAGGGAAGGUGCGUGCUAAUUACACGAUAAAAAUUCUAGUCAAAGAGGAGCCCGUCGUGAUCGUGGUAACGUUCCCUCAUAGACAUUUAGUGGUGAUAAUAACGGUAGUGUUCUUAAUUAUAGUAUUAUUAAUAGCAAUUAUAGCUGUCGUAUUAUUAAAAUUUAAAACCGAUACAAGAAGUAGAAAGAAGAAAGAGAGUGGAAAGGAUGUGGCAUUGUGUAAUCAAAUAUUACCGUCUAGUAGAAACAACGGAUCUCUACCUAAGAACAACGGAAGUGUCAUAGUGAACGCUCAUUCGCAUCACGCUCUACAUUACACAGUGCAGACAAACCGCGAGUACGAGCCGAGCGAUGCAUACCAAAGCAAUAAUAUGAAAGGCUUUGUCGACAGGAAUCCUGACCUAAUUAGCGACGCGGAAACCGUCGCCAACAAUGCUCAAAAUGAGAACACAGCACUUUCUGUGUACAAAGCGCAAACUGCGAACGACACUUUUGAAGAGGAGACCACAUUCACCGCUCAAACUGUCCCGCGUCAAGUCACAUGGCAAGACCAGCAAACAUUAACUAGUAUGCCUAUUAGCAUGCCUCCCAAUGCUAUGUACCAACAUUCAGCCGACGUGCACCUCAACCCGGGCUGUUUCCUAGAUAACGAAGGCUACCCUUACGACUAUGGCCUGCCGAAACACCCUUGUCGACAACCUAUGAUGACAAAUUACUCCGUGGUCGGACCAUUCUACCAAACCCUUCCUCAUAACAGACCGAAGGGACAGAAGUUAGUCUGCAAAUUUGCGAAAGACAACGAAUUUAAUGCGGUGCCGCCGACUUGUCCCAACUUCGAGGUAUUUAACGCGAAUAAUGUACGCCGAACUUUGGAGGGUUACCCGGUGCCUAGAAAUCGUCCGAUCGCCUUCGUAGGGAAUGGAACCGUGUAUUACAACGAGGAGUUUGUACCUUCGCCGCCGGAAGGUUACAAAACUGAGCCAGUGCAGUGUUGUGCUUCAACCGAAACGUGUUCAAACUGGAAUGCGAAAGGUACUUGUGCUGUGAUGGUACCGAUGGGAAUGCCCGAAGGUCCCGGGAGGUGUUAUCAGGUGGAAACUAGGUGUGUUGACACUCAGACGUCAGACGCUCGGAUGCCAGGGGAAGGGACUGAAAACGUGUUGAAACCACUGCCACAAGUAUCAAACGCCAAAUGUGCUUCGGAUAUAUGUUCGGAAAGCCCCGAUGAGGGGUACGUGGGGGACGCGAACGACAUCUGACGACGUCGUCGGACCGAUAACGCGUAAACAGGGCAAUUUAGACGCUACUAAAGUGAUAAAGCGACUGAAUAUGAGAAUAGUAUUGUAUAUAUGCUUUCUGAGUAUACACGGAACG